AUCAGUGGGAGAUUCAGACAUAUCCACAAACCUAACGCUGAGAUAACACCAGGGAAUCGGCUAAUGUGAGCCCGAAUUCGGAGCAAGGAGAGCUCUCGAUACAGAGUAUUAUCAAUUCUCCCUCCAGCGCCGCUGUCCCCUUACCAUGGCUACCUCCAAUUGUCUGUACCACUCAUGUCGUCUGUUUACUUCCCUUCGGAUCACCCGACAACGUAAAGACUUCUUCAAUAUCAGUCAAACCAAAUACUUUAGUUAUUCCUACUCGACGAUGUUUCGCUCUUCCGAAAUGCAAGACCAGGAUAUUGCGUUAUUACAGGUGAAUAGGAAACGGUUGAUGGAUGAGUUGCACCACACCUGUCAAUGGGGAAUUGGAGAACGCUGGGGCGAUGGUUCCAACGAGACUGGGAUGCGCCGUCUAUCCCUCACAGACGACGAUAAAUCAGUAAGAGACUGGUUUAUCAAAACAACUCAAGGGCUGGGGUGCACAACUACCAUCGAUACCAUGGGUAAUAUAUUCGCUGUACGACCAGGCAUCAAGAAAGGGGCCCCAACGUAUGCUGGCUCGCACCUUGACACACAACCGCAAGGUGGUCGAUACGAUGGGAUACUGGGAGUCCAAGCUGGGAUCGAAAUGCUGAAAAUCUUGAAUGAGAAUCGGGUCGAGACAGAAUAUCCGGUUGGUGUAGUGAACUGGACUAACGAAGAAGGGGCCCGAUUCCCCCUUUCCGUGCAUGCUUCCGCCGUUUGGGCGGAUAAACUUCCUCUUUCCCAAGCACAUGGACUGGCAUCUAUCAUCCCACCGAACAAGCCUACUCCCUUCAUUGACGAGCUCUCCCGGAUCGGUUACCAUGGUCCCACGCCCUGUUCUUACACUGCCAACCCCAUGGCCGCACACUUUGAGUUGCAUAUCGAACAAGGUCCGCAACUCGAAGCCACCGGACGCAAGGUUGGCAUUGUGACUGGUGCGCAGGCGUACCGCUGGUACACAGUCUCAGUGAGUGGCAAAUCAUGUCACACCGGCACGACACCAUUCGAGCAUCGCGCCGACCCGCUGCUCAUCGCGGCGAAAUGUAUGGUACAGGCUCAAGCUAGUGCACAUAUAAAGAAGGGCGCACUAGCGAGCACCGGAGUAGUGAAGGUGGCGCCGGGGAGCGUCAACACUGUCCCAGACGAGGUGACAUUUAGCCUAGAUCUUCGGGCACAGAGUGACGGUGUGCUGGAUGACUUGGAGAAGGAGCUGAAGACCGUUUUCAAACAACUCGCGGACGGAGACGACUCUUGUAAUACGGAGAGUUUCUGGGCAGGAAACAGGAAGCCGUGCACCGUUGAGUGGCGGACGGACAGCGUUUCCAAGGCGGUCAACUUCAAUGAGUCUUGCAUCGAGUGCGUCGCCAAAUCAGCGCGCUCCGUGCUAGUACUUGCAGGGAAAGAUGAUACAUCUGCCAUGCGGCUGGUAAGCGGAGCGGGUCAUGAUAGCGUGAUGACCAGCCAUCGAGUACCGACCGCCAUGAUUUUCGUGCCCAGUCGAGAGGGCAUCAGUCACAACCCACGCGAAUUCACGAGUGAGGAAGACUGUGCGAUUGGGGCGGAAGUGUUGACGCAAAGCGUGCUUCGAUAUGAUCGCUUGCGAGUACAGUGAUCCUAGUAUGGCUAUUCAAUCAUCAAAUU